UACCACCCAGUUUGAUGGUCAACAUCACCGACUCGCUGUUGUCAAGCCAUAUUCAUCGGACGUUACCCGGGAAGACCACAAGAGCUUCAACACCACCCUCUCGCUCUUGUCAAGCCACAUUCAUUUGACGUUAACAGGGAAGACUACUAGAGCU